CCUCCAAGACUCUCCAGGGUUUGGAGAAUGAUUGCUGCCCAGAGAGAAUCUCCUUCAGCUCCCGGGCAGGGCAGGCUGGCUGAGGCCCUCCGGAGCCCCCGGGCGAGCCGGUAGGGUUCUCUGUGUCCAGAUCACUUCCAGGGGAAUAGUUCUAGCCCCUGACUGGUAACGACAGGGCAGAGGAGAAGAGAGCAGAAGAGGAGAGAGAGCGCAACUCCUCGCUCCGGGCCCCCCACUCCAGUUCCUUGCAAGGCUCCCAAGUAGGAGGAAGGCUUUGUACUUUGGGCUUUCCCGCCACCAGGAUAUCCCCUCUCACCUUGGCAGCCCUGCUGAGAAGGACUCCGGGUCCCCGCGGAAUGACCACUCUCGUUCCAGCCACCCUCUCCUUCCUUCUCCUCUGGACUCUGCCGGGGCAGGUCCUCCUCAGGGUGGCUUUGGCAAAAGAGGAAGUCAAAUCUGGAACCAAGGGGUCCCAGCCCAUGUCCCCCUCGGAUUUUCUGGACAAGCUUAUGGGGCGGACAUCUGGAUAUGAUGCCCGGAUUCGGCCCAAUUUUAAAGGCCCACCUGUGAAUGUGACCUGCAACAUCUUCAUCAACAGUUUUGGCUCCGUCACCGAGACGACCAUGGACUACCGGGUGAACGUCUUCCUGCGACAGCAGUGGAAUGACCCCCGCCUGGCCUACCGAGAAUAUCCUGAUGACUCACUAGACCUCGAUCCCUCCAUGCUGGACUCGAUUUGGAAGCCAGACCUGUUCUUUGCCAACGAGAAAGGGGCCAAUUUCCACGAGGUGACCACGGACAACAAGUUACUGCGCAUCUUCAAGAAUGGGAACGUGCUCUACAGUAUCAGGCUGACCCUCAUUUUGUCCUGCCCGAUGGACCUCAAGAACUUCCCUAUGGACAUCCAGACCUGCACAAUGCAGCUGGAGAGCUUUGGCUACACCAUGAAUGACCUCGUGUUUGAAUGGCUGGAAGAUGCUCCUGCUGUCCAAGUGGCUGAAGGGCUGACGCUGCCCCAGUUUAUCCUACGGGAUGAGAAGGAUCUAGGCUAUUGUACCAAGCACUACAACACAGGGAAAUUCACCUGCAUCGAGGUAAAGUUUCACCUGGAACGACAGAUGGGCUACUAUCUGAUUCAGAUGUAUAUCCCCAGCCUACUCAUCGUCAUCCUGUCCUGGGUCUCCUUCUGGAUCAACAUGGAUGCGGCCCCUGCCCGGGUGGGCCUAGGCAUCACCACCGUGCUCACCAUGACAACUCAGAGCUCUGGCUCCCGGGCCUCUUUGCCUAAGGUGAAGAGACAUGCAAGGGAACUUGCUUUCUGUAGAGCUCCCCAUUUCCCAUUCAUCCCGUUCCCUCCUGCUCCCUAUUCUCCUUGGAUUUAAGGUAGAGAAGAGCCAUUGUGCCAGAGCAGGUGGCUGCAUUCUCUUCCCACAGAACAUACUGCUAAUAAUAUUGCUAACUGUGUGGAAGCCAGGGCUGCAGCUGCUGUCUGGCUAGGGAACGAGUAGAGACAGUGCCUGACUUACUUUGACUUUCAGCAGGAAAUUCUAGCGUGUCCAAAAUCAAAAGACCCUUAGCAAGUAGGAAGUCCCACUCACUCAUGUUACAGAUGAUAGCAAUGCAGCCUAGAGAGGUAGAACGACCUUCUCAAGAUCAUGCCUUAUAAGAAACAAUCAAAGAAAUACAAGGAUUUUAAACCGACAUCCUUUUCUUGCUAUGUCAGAAAUUGGAUACUGUUUCACAGAGCUCUAGGGACAGUGUCCACUCUUUUGGGGGAGACAAAACCUUGAGGUAGCAAAUAGCAAUUAAAGUCAGUGGGCUCUGAUUGUCUGGGGCCUGGCAAUAUUUUGAUGAUGCAGAUAUUGUGCUGAUGGGACUGGGCCCAGGUUCUCCCUGCCUCGUGUCUUCAUAUUACAGAAGUUAGAGAUCAUCACCUCAGUGUCCUUACAGUCAGCAAGACUCUGAGAAAAUCAGGGAGCAAGCUCAUUCAUUCAUUCAAUAAAGAUUUAUUGAGCAAGUACUAUAUACCAGGAACUGUACUAAGCCAUGGAGAAAUAACAGGGAACAAAAACAACACA